AUGUCUAAAACAUUCAAAAAGUUAUCGGUGUUUAAAAUAACACCAAAUUUUCGCGAGGCUGUUAAAGUGGUGUCCGUCCCACUGGUAGCACCGGGCGAUGACCAGGUGCUCAUCAGGAAUAUCUACGCCGGUGUGAACGCCGCCGAUGUCGGCACAACUGCCGGCCUAUUCAACCCAAACGCUGAGUUGCCUUUCGAUGUGGGACUAGAAGCUCUUGGUGUUAUCGAGGCAGUUGGCAAGAAUGUGACCGCCCAUACAGUGGGACAGUAUGUCAUUGCAUUUGGUGCCAACCAUACUAAAGAAUUUGCUUACGCAGAGUAUUUGUAUGUCAAACCGGAGGACAUGAUACCAGUCCCGAGUCUGAAACCAGAAUUUCUUGGAUUAUUAGUGUCGGGCUUAACGGCAACCAUUGGAUUGGAUGAGUUGGGUCGCAUUCAAAAGGGUGACAAAGUGUUGAUAACAGCCUCCGCUGGAGGAACGGGUCAUAUAGGCGUCCAAUGGGCUAAACGAAAGGGCGCUUAUGUUAUUGGGUUGACAUCAUCGCCAGAAAAGGCCAAACUCUUGACAGAGUUGGGAACCGAUCGAGUGAUCGAUUAU